UCUCGACAUAUAGACUGCCUCUGCUGCUGCUGCUUUAAUUGAUACACUUCCUCCACUCCUGUGUCUCUCUUUCGUAUCCCCUGUCUUAGCUCCUGCUCGUUGCAACUCAUCGUUCCUUUAUCCACUUACACCUCACUCUUUUCCCUUUGUUUUUUUUUCAUCACCCAACAAUUGCACUUCAAUACGAUACCAAAUUAUCCUGCAAUGAAAAAAGAACUUAAAUACAUCAUCUAUGCUCAUUUGGCUUUGCUCUUGUUUAUCCUAUACCAGGUCUUUGACCUCCUAACUCUAGUAUACGAUGAUUCCUUCUCUGAUGCUCUUCUAGAGGUUGAUUUAAACCCUCCUGAGGACUCCCCAAAGAAGCCUCAACUCAUCCCCAAAAUUAUUCACCAAACCUACAAAAACGAAUUCAUUCCCGAUAUCUGGAAAGCUGGCCAGAAGGCCUGCUUGGAUUUGCACCCUGAUUAUAAGUAUAUUCUAUGGACUGAUCAAAUGGCCAGAGAUUUUAUAAGCGAACAAUACCCUUGGUUUUUGAAAACUUGGGACAACUACAAAUAUCCAAUUGAAAGAGCUGACUCCAUAAGAUAUUUUGCUCUAUCCCACUUUGGCGGUAUUUAUAUCGAUUUAGAUGAUGGCUGUGCUCGAAGACUAGAUCCUCUCUUGACUGUUCCUGCUUUCGUUAGAAAGACCACUCCAACUGGCGUCUCUAAUGACGUUAUGGGUUCAGUUCCAAAACACCCUUUUUUUCUAAAGGUCUUGGAUAAUCUCCAGAAAUAUGACAGAAAUUGGCUUAUUCCCUAUCUAACCAUCAUGUACUCGACUGGCCCUUUAUUUUUAAGUGUCAUUUGGAAACAAUACAAAAGGUGGGGCGUUCCUGAAAAUGGUGUUGUCAAAAUAUUACAGCCUGCCGAUUAUAAAAAACACACUUACUCCUUCUUUAUAAUAUCUGAAGGUUCGUCAUGGCAUCUAGAUGAUGCAAAAUUCAUUAAAAGUUUAGGCAACCACAUUCCAGCCUGUGUCGUCUUGGGUUUCCUAAUUGCCUUUGUUGUUUUUUAUUUUGAGUACUCCUUUUACAACUGGGUCAUCUCAAACAAUUUCAGAAAAUUUAAAGCAAAAUUCUCCUUUCUCAAUUUUUUCAAAUUUAACACCUCCAAAAAUAACAAUAACGAAAACAGCCCUUCUUAUUCCACUCUCAAUACUGAUUCCUCCGACGAAGACUUUCUUGAAAGCAUCAACUUGGAUGAUGACGAUGACUCAACCGUCCUUGUCACUCCUUCUUCAAACGCAAUCAUAAAAGGUAGAAUCAGUCUCAGCGACUUGGUCCCAAUUAAACACGCUGCCUUGGCUAAAUUCUUGAGAAAGAAAAAUAGAAAUAGAAAAGAUUCAAACUUGUUCAUUCCAAAAAAUAUUAAUGUCCCAGAUAGCAAUAACCCAAAUAACAAUAACCCAAAUAACAAUAACCCAAAUAACAAUAACAAUAACAAUACCUCAAAUGAUGACAACAUCAAAAAAGAUCCUCUUUUUAAUACAAGCAACAUUGUUUAAGACCAUAAACUAUAAUUAUCAAUUGACACUUUCCUCUGCAUUUUUAUUUCUUCGGUCUUUUGAUUAACCCUUAUUUUAAUCUUUAAUCUUUACCUCAAUCUCAAUCUCAAUAGAUUAUAAUCCCUAAUAUUAAUAUCAAUAUUAAUCACAAUUAUUACUAUUAUUAUAUUCAUGGGUUUAUUCAUCUCUUUUUGUAUAUUAAUGAUUAAUUGUUUUACCUAAUUUAUUUCUUCCU